CUUGCUUGCUCGUUCGCAAAGGAUUCUGGUUGGUACCACUUUGGUAUAUCUGGCGUCGCCUCUUCCCCAACACCCGCGGGCAUCCCAUGCCAACCAGCGAGACUGGGAGCCGCUUUUGCUUUGUGCGCGUCGGGCGGUGGUACAUCAAAGCCUCCUAGUUACCGCUCCGGCCUUUGACGGUUACGUCGCAGCCAUUCGCUCAGUCGUCGUUCGGUAGCGCGAGUGCCCACCACUGUACGCGACGUAUCAGUGUCAUUUUAGGACGUUAUUUUGGUGCCGCGAGUCUAAAAUACCCCUCCGGAUGCAUUGGACAAAACAGUUAACCAGCGUUUCGCUGGGCUCUAAAUCCAGGGUUUAUUGUCCAGCUGUUACAUGGACUACUGGUAAGCAAACGUACUGCAGUGUGAGUCCGUUGCUGCGAUUAUGCCGCCUCGUAGUAGUGGCAAGAGUGCGCGUGGCAAAGUUGUUAGAAAAGGGCGGAAAGUGCGUAGUGGCGGUACUACUAUGGUGGUGCCGCGACUAGGUGAACGAACGACAGCACCUACCCAAGAGCGGGAGCGAAGAAACGGAGAGACGAUGAGAAUGGACAAAAAGCCCGUCGCCGUAGUAGUUCCCGAGACAGGUCGAUGCACCGCGACGCGCACGCGCCAGUCCCCAGAUUCCAAGGCACUUGGCAGCGCCCUGAUGCUACGAUUUAUGGAUAAACCUCCAACGACCACUGCUGACGCUGAUGCUGAUGCCGCUACUGGAACGAAUAAUCAAGAUGUAGACCCACAUCUUGAUUACAACGAUAAUAAUGACUCAGACGAAAAAAACUACGAAGUAGUUGAGGAUAAAAAAUUAAAAUAUCUCAGGACAAUUAACAAAUCCGAAGAUACGUUCAAUUACGAUGAUAAAAAAAUAUUCGACUCACCAAUUUCUCUAGAAUCAUUCAAUUCAUCCAGGUAUUCAGCAUCUGAAGCAUCGUCGAUUUCUGUGAAUAUUGACUGUCUAGAAAAAUCAGCAUCAAACUGUUGUCCAAUUACGAGCAUUACGCAUACGCCUCUCGAGACAUUGAAGAACGCUUUAGAAGGUUAUGACCAUAGUCGUAUUUAUUUAGCUCAUGUAUCUUUUUUGGAUUGGCGAGAUCUGCCGGGUAAACGUGCUUGCAGUGAGAGAGUAUGGGUGGUUGGUGCUGCCGAUCACGGUGGUCGUCAUCGAACGAGAUUGCUAGUAGCUGGUCGUCACUGGAGGCCAAAGUGUUUGAUUAAUGUAAAUAUGGUUACUCAACCAGUUGUUUAUGCAGGUGGUGGUAGUGGAUCGUUAACAGUAGAUCUCUUUUUAUGGUGGUUUCAUCGCGAAUUCGCUACUACUGCUAUCGCUAUGCAUCCUGAUGGCGCUAUUCUAGUGGCUGAGUCCGCCGAUUAUCUCCCGUCGGAGAUAGAAUGCGUCUCAGCUGAUGGAUUGGUCAGACUAUUUAUCGUUCCCAAAAACUUCUUAGAGCCAAAGAUUGUCGCCAAUGAACUAAGGAUCCGUCUGGCAGCAGGAUUGCUUACUGGUAUCAGAAUAGAUCUUAACAGUAACAGAAAAAAUUUGACGGAACGCGUGGGUGGGUUUACACUGAAAGAAGCGUUUGCUGAAAUGCAUCGGGCGUGGCUUAACAUACGAUCGGAGACAUUUGCCAGGUGUUGGAAGCAUUUGUAUAAGCGGUCAGAUGCAACACCACCUCCUUCAGGCCCAUCACUAUCCACGCAGCUUCAUCGAGUUAGCGAUCACACAGAAGAUCGUCUGAUGAUUGCUGAGCUAAGGAGACUAGCCCUUGAAGCCGGUCUGGAGGUCGGAGAUUCGGAACUCGAGCGGUGGAUACUUGACGAAGAGAGUGAGUUUGCUAAACGGGUCAAGAAGAAUGAACUCGAUGAAGAGCAGACAGAUAACAAGGAAACUGUAGCCGCUGUACCAGCAAACGAUGAGUACGAUGACGAAGAACCAGUAGAUAAAGACAAGUACGAUAGAGUAGAUGAAGAACCACCCACCUCUGAAGAAACCGUCCAGCUCCUAUCCCGAGUUCUCUUGUGGAUGGAAAGAGAACCACUCGACCCAGGUCUCUUACUUGCGGUUAGGUCGAUGCGAGAUACUGCCGCCCUAAUGGCGAGCAAGAUGGGACUUGCCGGCACGCAUCCAAGUGGUUUACCCUUCUUUUGCGGAAACGGUGACCACUUAACGCAACCACCGCCGGCACACAUGGGGAUCCCACCUUAUGGAGCGUUGGACGCGGGGAAGGCGGCUGCGGCUGCCGGUGAGUACUGGCCAGCACCCCAACACGGUCCAUCCUCACACCCUGCACACUGGAAACGACUUCUUGCAGCAGCAGCCUCCACAGGUUUGACGAGGGCGCCGAUGUAUCCAUUCUCGACGGGCCAGUAUCCGUACCCUAUGUUGAGUCCAGAUAUGACGCAAGUUGCAUCGUGGCAUACACCAAGCAUGUAUCCUAUAUCUCCAGCAAGCGCAGGGUUUAGGAGUCCGUAUCCUACAAGUUUACCAAUCACAAGUUCCAGCUUACCCAGUGAUCUUUAUCGGUUUUCACCAACGGGCCUUAUGCCUCCUCAUCCAGGACUGAGUCCACACGCACACGCACUAGCGUCUCACGCGUUAGUAUCUUCAGCACCUAAAGCGGAUCACUCUACCUUGGAUCAUAAUCACAGGUCUUCAAUGGAUCAAAAAAACUCGUCGUCUUUGUCUUCGGAUAUCACAAAAGCUCAAGAUACUGGACAACAGAACAAUCAAGAUAAGAAGAAACCCCAUAUAAAGAAGCCUUUAAACGCUUUUAUGCUGUAUAUGAAAGAGAUGAGAGCGAAAGUGGUGGCAGAGUGUACCUUAAAAGAGAGUGCUGCAAUAAACCAAAUUUUAGGAAGACGGUGGCAUUCGCUAAGCCGUGAGGAGCAGGCGCGGUAUUAUGAGGCGGCCAGGCAGGAGCGCCAUCUCCAUCAGCAGCGCUACCCCGGCUGGAGUGCCAGGGAUAACUACGGAUACGGCAGCAAGAAGAAGAAGAGGAAGAAAGAACGCUCCGCAGAUCCCACCGGAGGUAAUAAUAUGAAAAAAUGUCGCGCGAGGUAUGGAUUAGAUCAACAAAGUCAAUGGUGCAAACCUUGCAGGCGUAAGAAGAAAUGUAUCAGAUACAUGGGUGAGGGAGGAGAUGGUGACGUUGAAGGUGACGGCGACGGUGAGGAUGAUCACUCGGAAGACAACUUAGGGAGCGUCGGAGAAGCGGGGACUCCUGAAGAUGACGAGUCGCUGAGUAGUCCUGGUGGAUUAUCGGCGUUAUCCAGUUUGGCGAGUCCUUCGUUGGUGCUGCCAUCACCAGCGAGCUUGGCAAGUCCGUGUCCGUGUCCACUGACGCCUCCAGUGGCGCCCCAGUCGUCGAUUUCGAUGAAUCAUAACCCAGUGCCGGUCCCGCACCGUAAUCCAGUGGGAACUAACCCACAUGACAUAAACAAUCCGCUCAGCGUUAAUCAAUUAACUGGUCAGUGUAUAAAGAGUGAAGUUAAUCAAGCGCCCUCGGGUCCUUCUAAUCCGGCGAUCAGUGUUACGUAGCCCUGGAUGGCCCCAUGUGACAAGACUCUUCUACGAUUCGGUGUCAUCGGGGUUUAUAUUUUUAAAUUUACUCGAAAUGUAAUGAUAAAGAUUAAUGUUGUUCUCUACUUGUCUCAGUACUGAGCUUUUCUUCUUUUAAUUUCUGCCCUGAAACUCAAUUUAAAGAAAUGUUCUUUAUUCGAAUUCCUUAAAUUAAAAUUUUUUUGUAUUCUAAGAAUUAAUUUUUUAUCUUAAAUUUUUUUUUUGUUUAUUUAAAAAUAAUGAAAUUCUAGUUUUAGUAAAUUUUUUUUUACGUUAUGAAAAUUUUUUGAAGUGUAAAGCUUGAUAGUGAAAUAAGUAGAUCACAAAAUAAUUAUUAUAAAAAAAAUUAUAAAUAAUUUUACUGUCCGGAAUUGAUAAAAAUUCCGGAAAGAAAAAUGAACGUACCAGUUAAUUAUAUAAAUAUAGAUUUAUAAUUAAUAAGUAAAAUAAUACAGAUUAAGUUAGAUAAUAAAAACUGUAAAAAAAAUAAUACUCAGGACCAAGUGUCUAGCUGUAUAAUCCACCUCUCGACGCCUCGUGCAAUUAAUAUUUAAAAAAUGACAGUGACUGAUUUUAUUAAAGACAACUGGAGGUUGAUUCUUACAGCUUGUAGUCCUUGUUAUGUUGUGAUGCCAAUGACUGAUUGAGGUCAUGUUCCUGUGCCAGGUACUAUAUUCUAUUGAAUUUAUAAAUUGAAUUUAAAAUUAUGAUUAUUAGAGAUAAUUAUUAUUAAUAAUAAUAAUAAUAUUAUUAUUAAUAUUGUAAUUAAUAAUAAUAAUUUUUAUUUAAUAUAACAUAAGUUAAGAAUUAUUUUAAGUUAAAUAAGGUUAAGGAAUACACGUGUCAAAAUACCUUUUUCUGUAUGUAAUUUGUUAUUUUUUUAAAAGUCUAUACAGCGAUUUUUAAUUAGCUCGUAAGACAAUUAUUAAUUUUUUAUUUUAUCACGUCGUUUAUUUUUUUUAAGUAUCGAGUCCUUUGCCUAAAAAUGAAAAUGAAGAUGAUAAUGAGUAAAGAAGAAAACAAUUGUAAUAAGGCUUUUUAUACUGACUAUUUGAUCUCCAGUUUUAAAUAAUUUUAAAUUAUAAAUUCUAAGUGCAUUUUGUUUGGAUAUUUUGAUGAAAUUUAUAAAUUUUAUUAGUUCAUUGUAAUCGGAAGAAAUGACUGUUAUAGUUUUUAACCGUUGCUGAAUUAUGUUUGCAAAAAAAAUUAUGAUUUUGUGUAAUAGAUUGUUAUUUUUUUUUAAUUUUAGUUCAUGAAAAAUGAUGGUAAUAAAAAAAAAUAAUUGGAUAUGAAAUUGUGAAUGGUUUUAUUUGUUGAAUAUUGGCGACUGGUUUUCGCGAUUUGCUUCGUGCAGUUAUUAUUAAUUAAUAAUUUUUUAGACUUUUAUUGAUUAACUUGUGUCAAAAUAACCAAUUUGUCUGGUUAUCUGUCAAAUUUUUACUACAGUAGUAUAUUUUAACCCUACAAAUUUUAAUUUAGUCUGUGAUUUAAUUUUUCAUGAUAAAGAAACAAAAUUAUGGAUGAAUUACAAUAAUUAUUGAGUAAUUUUAUGAUUUUUUAGCAAACAAUGAUAUUAAAUCAUAAAAAUUGAUAUUUUGUAAUUUUGUUCCGUCAUAACCUUUUUAUCUUACGUAAAUGACUAAACAAUUGAAUUAACCUCAAAAUUAGUGAGAAAAAUUUCCGUUAUUUUGACUUGAGUGGAAAUAAUUUUAAAUAUUCCCUCCAUUUCCUCAUAAAGUUUUUUUUAAUAAUACUUGAAGAAAACAAUCAAUUUUUCCCAGCUAAAUAAUCUAAAAACGAACAAAAAAAAUUGCAUUAAAGGGCAAUUAACCAAACAACCAAAAAGGCAAUAGAAUAAAACCGAUUAUAUAAAAAAGAAUAUAAAACAGGCAAUGUAAAUAAAAAUACGUUUAAGAUGCAUUUAUUGAUGAUGGGGAAAGUGCAAUGGGGAAUUUUAUUAAAACAAUUGUAUACGGUAAAAUACAAAAACUAAUCAGAUGACUGAUAACCUAAAAAUUUGUCACAAUAAACCGAAAAUCUAAUGAUAUAAACGUGCCAUAACAUCAUGCCAAUAUUACUGAUAAUAAUUAAACUAAACAAUUAAAUUUGUUUUUUAAAAAACAAAUAUCUUUGUCUGUCAGACUUAGCAUUUAUCAAAAAACCGAAGGGUGUAUUUUAUUUUUUUAUAAUUAUAAUUAUAAUCAUUAAUUGUAACGCCAAUAUUUUUAAAUGUUUAUACUUGACAAUUGAUGUAAUAGAGGCCAAAAUACUAGAUAAUAAAUUGUUUUAAAUUUAUUUCUUCUUAACCGUAAAACAAAUUUAUUGAUAAACAAAGAUAUUAAUGCACACUCCGGUGGGCAUCAGUAUGAAUUUUUUUAUAUAAAAUAAAAUAAUUAUUCAAAGUACUGACAGACGCGAAGAAAUAAUGAUAAAUAAUAACAAAGAAGACUAUUAUGAAACAAAUUAAAUGUACUGAUGUGUGUAUGGAUGCCCGCUAAAACUCUGUGAUGCCAGUGACAUUAGGCCGGAAUUAAAUUCCUCAUAAAUAAUAAAACUUUAAUUAAUAUAAUACUAAUUAAUAACAAUAAUAAUAAACAAAAUAAUAAUUAAUAUGAGUACUGACACGAUAAUUAACCGCGGCCGUCACUUUAACAAUGUAAACAAUACAAUAAGUGAGGUUAGAACGUAAUCUAUUGAUUGCGUUUUUAUCCCGAACAAAAUGGCCUAGUGUAGUUCCAAGCGGAGAAAAAUGAAACUAAAAGUAAAAUAAAAAAUGAUAUAUUGUAAAACACGAGCCGUGUUAUAAUUUAGUGCCUCGAAACCCGAGACGGACAUGAAUGGUGAUAGUGUCUGGCUGGGUGUUUAGAGAGCGCUUUGUAUUAUAUUGUAAAGUAUAUGAUGAUAUGAUGUAAUGAGACAGUUAUACUGCGUUGUACAGUGUUUUUUAAGUAUCUAGUUUAUAGUGUGUAAUUGAGAAACUAAGAAAACAACUGCUAAAAGAAUAAUAAAUAAAAUAAUAAAAAUAAAACUAUUAAAAACACACAUUGUAUUUACAAUUAAAUAAGUGAUCUGUAUCAAAAACACUAAAUGAAGAUAAAUUCAUUCUCAUAUAGCCUGUAAUCCUACUUAUGUAGAUGCUAAAAAAGUGAUUUGUGUCAUAAAUCUAUUAAUAAAAUUAGAAAUUUCA